AUGUCCAGCUCCGCCUCCGCACCUCUCCGCUGCAGGACCAUCAACGACGUCAACCUCCCCGCGCCCGCGACAAAGCUCAUCAUCACCCAGCACCUCCAGGCCUCCCGCGACUCUCCGUACUGGGCCUGGAUCAUCGUGGGCGCCUUUUACGACAGUGACAACAACAUCGUCUGGAGCACCGAGAUCUUUGCGGGUCACCUGGACGUCGAGGUCGACUCUGACGAGGAGAGCGGUGACGGUGAGAGCGUGAGUGCUUCGUCUGAGGUUGGGCUGAGUGACUCUGAGGAUACGGAUUCAGCAUCAGAAUUGGUCUAUAUAAACCCCCAAUACCCCCUCGAGCUCCCCUUUUCUGAUGGCUGUCCAGACAUCUACUCCUCCGGCUCAGAAGACGAUCUCAACAUUGGCCUCCCUCAUCGAUACCGAGACGAAGCUCCUCCUGCCCCCGAAGUUCGCCAAGUCUACCCUUACUGGUACGAGAGUACGCCAUACGUCGAGCCCUCUGUCGAUUCCUACGCCGCGACCUACGCUCCCCUCUCCUCGACCUACGCUGCUCCCCCCGAGACCUGGGACCCGACACGUCAAGGGCCAGUACCUGGAUACUGGCAAGCCUCGUUCGAUCCAGAGAUUUGCCGUUGGGUUCAUACCUGGCAGCCCUUGUGUUGA